AUGGUCCCAUACAGUCGGAAUGGACGUUUCGUGGGCCGGGAGAGUAUUCUUGAGUCGCUAGAGGAACAAGUUGGCUGUAGUGGGCUCAACCGCAUUGCCCUCCAUGGAUUAGGAGGUUCCGGGUAAGACGAAUCCGAGGCACCACGAUCAACCUCCCAUGCUCAAAUAUCCGUUGUAUUAGAAAAACCCAAAUCGCGCUUGAAUAUGCUUAUCGACGCAAAGACACUCGCCACAUAUUCUGGGUACACGCGAGUAGUUUCCCAAAGUUCCGAGAAGACUAUGCGCGAAUCUCCAGGGAGGCGAAGAUCUCCGUCCCAAGCCCCACUCCUAGGGAAAAUCAAGAGGAAAUACUCCGAGACGUGAAACUCUGGUUCGAGGGUGAUGCUAGCGGGGAUUGGAUCCUACUCCUGGAUAACGCAGACAACGUGGUCGACUUCGAAAGCAACAAUAGUGAGAUUUCAAAGUUCUUACCACAAGGUGCGAAAGGAACCAUCAUACUCACGACUAGGUCGCUGUGUGUGGCGGAGCGUGAAGGCUGCGACGUCAUCGAGGUCGGCAAGGUCAGUGAUGUUGAAGGGCAAGAGCUGUUUUUGCGACAAUUAAGGAUCUCCGACAAUCCCCAGACGGGGGACAAGCAGGCCGUUGCGAACCUCGUUGGCUUCCUCGGUCAUCUACCCUUGGCGAUAACCGGCGCUGCGGCAUUCAUGUUGGAGACCAGUACUUCCCCUUCAGACUACUGGUCUCUCAUACAAGAGAGCGAUAAACAAGCGAAGCGACUCCUCUUAUCCGAAUUCCGAGUCCUGGCUCGAGAGGCAGACAUGACUGAGAGUAUACUGAGCACCUUUUUCAUCACCUUUGACAGGAUAAUUUUGCAGACGCCUAUGGCCGCGAACAUCCUCCGAUUGAUUGCCUUUCUCGAUAGGCAGAAUAUACCAGAGGACCUGAUUGCGCAGUCCGGAUUAGAGGGCGUGAGUGAUUCGUUGGAUUUCCGGAGGGCGAUGGGUACGCUUUUGGGAUUCUCACUGGUGACCAGGGAGCGGGACGGGGAAGUUUACGAGCUUCAUCGUUUGGUGCAAUUGUCCAUGCAUGUUUAUCUAUCGCCUAGGGAGACGAGUGAGUGGAAGGGAAGGGCUGUGGAAGUGGUCUCAAAAUUGUAUCCGGAAUAUAGUCAUGGGGUUCGACAUGUGUGUGCUGCGUAUCUGCCGCAUGCACUUACUGUGAUGGCGGACUCUGCAGGUCCGAUGGUUGACGAGCUCCAUUGCCGGGUGGCAUCACAUCUCGAGGACACGGGUUAUUACAACGAUGCGGAGAUACAUAUCCGGCAGUGCAUUGCUGGUGAGAGAAAUAACCACCAGGUUCCAGAGGGAGCCUCAGGUUUGAUCAAAGUAUACAUUUACCUUCGACAGAUCCCGAGUCUGCUAGUGGGGCUGUUUUCUAACGCCCUUCGCUAUAUAUCGUUCCUACUCUUCCGGGGGCACGGCCAGUACUAUCGCCGAUAUUGGAUGAGGCGCAGGCUUUUGGCUAUGAUAUUGGAAUCUCAGGGAAGAUACGCCGAGGCUGAGUCUCUGGGUCGGGAGGUGCUGAGAGGGACUGAGGGAACCCUCGGACCGGUGCACCCAGACACCAGGGCUAGCAUCGAUAGCCUCGCCGCAAUCCUUAACAAACUCGGAAAUUAUUCUGAAGCUGAGAGGUUGUUUCGGCGUGCACUUGAAACCAAACCCGGGACGGUGGGGCCGGGGGACCUAGUGGGGUCCCAAAAUCUCGGUUCGGUGCUAUGCGAACUGGGGAGGUACGGAGAAGCAGAGGAGAUGCUCCGGCAUGUAAUGGAAAGUGAAGAGGAGGCGUUGGGAUCCGAGCACCCGAAUACCCUGGCAGCUGCACAUAAUCUAGCCUGGGCGUUGACAAGCCUAGGCCGGUUCGAGGAAGCGGAGAAUCUCUACCGCAAAGUGCAAGAUGGCCAACAGAGAUCGCUCCGACCAGAACACCCACACACUUUAACGUCCACCAAUAAUCUUGCUACCGUCCUGGAUAAGCAGGGAAAGUGCAGUGAGGCGGAGGAACAGUACCGGCGGGCGUUGGAGGGCUUCGAGAAUGCACUUGGGCCGGAACACCCAACCACUCUCAGUACUGUCAAAAACCUUGCUUCUGUUCUCACUGGAUUGGGCCAAUAUCAGGAAGCAAUGAAGAUGCUCUGGCGUGUACUAGAAAGCAACCGCAAGUCAUUGGGCUCUGAGCAUCCGGAUACAAUUAGAACACUACACAACCUAGGAUGGGUCCUCUACAAGCAAGGAUGGUAUGACCAAGCAGAACUAGCUCUCCGAAGUGUAUUAGGACUCCGCGUGGAACUCCUUGGGCUAGAGCACCCAGAUACACUCGACACUCUCAGCUAUCUCGCGUUAGCCCUUACAGAGCUUGAAAAUUAUGGGGAGGCCAAAGAAAUGUCCAAAUGCGCGUUAAUACUUCGAGAGAAAACACUCGGACCAGAGCACCCCCACACCCUAGCCAGCGUUAACAACUUAGCUAACCUACACUCCCACCUCGGCAACCACCAAGAGGCGAAGUCGCUCAACAUCCAAGCUUUUUUAGCCCGGGAAACCCACCUAGGACCGCAUCAUCCCGACACUCUGAUCAGUAUGGGAAACCUCGCUAGAUGCUAUUUUGAUCUCGGCGAGCACGCAACCGCGGAAUACCUACAGCGCCAGGCCCUCUCUAUAAACACGGAACUGCUUGGCGAGGAGCACCCGGAUACGUUGACGUCCAUGAACAAUCUUGGGGCAACGCUACACAAGCUCAAAAGACCUUCCUCCGCCGAGGGCCUGUAUCGGAAGACGCUUUCAGCCAGGGAGGAAUUGCUCGGGCCGGAGCACCCGGAUACCUUGGUUACACUGCAGAAUCUAGCGUAUGUGGUGGGUGGAGUGGGGAGGCAUGGCGAUUCAGUGGCGAUGCUAGCUAGGGCG